AGGAAAGAAGGUAAAAGUGAGAAAAAAAUGGAAGAUGACAAAAGGGUGAAAAAAGGGAAAAAUGUUGAUGUCCCUAAGUCUCGUAGCAUGCUGAAGGAUGACCAUGAUGUUGAAGGGUUUGACAACGGUUCAGCUAGAAGCAAAGUAGUGGAAAGUAUGGGGCAAGAUCCAGAUGACAAUGAUACUGGACUGACAGAAGGUUCUGAAACUGAAGGUGAUGUUGAGUUUUCUCGUUCAGAUGAAGAGGAUAUUGGAAUUAAUGAUCAACCAACUUCUGAGGAUUCAGUGCAUUUGAGCUCUUUUAAUUUACAUUUGGAACAUAAUUUAUCACAAGAAGAAAUUAGCGACCAAAGGAACAGGAAAUUUAUCUGGGAGAUACCAGCUAUUGGUAUAUCAAAUUGCAAAUGGACAGGAACUGGAGAGAAUAUUUUGGAGGAUUUGCAUAUCAAUUCUUGUGAUAGUCUGAAGGAAAAGUUGUACAAGCACUGGAUGGAUGUCUACAAGACAUCUGGAGGAAAGGAUAUGUAUUCACCUAAACAAAAGAUAUUUGUCUCCCUUUGCAGCAGCUACCGGGAUAUACUUUACUGUAACAAGAGACCAUUCUAUCUCAAAGGCCUUGAAGACAUAAGCAUCAUGGAUGCAUACAUAAUGCAUUCUCUCAAUCACAUCUUCAGAACUAGAGACUGCGUGAAAAAGAAUGAUGCCAAAUUGACCAGGCUUGGAGAGAGUGCUGAUAUUGAUAGAUUUCGAGAUCAGGGUUUUACUCGUCCUAAGGUUUUAAUUUUAUUGCCAUUAGCAAGUAUUGUGUACCGUGUUGUGAAAAGGCUUAUACAGCUUACACCUUCAGCUUAUAAGGUCAAUGUUGAGCAUAUGGAUCGUUUUUCCUCUAAAUUUGGAAGUGAAGAACAGGAAGGCUACAAGGAAAAUGGCCAGGAAUCUGAAAAUGCAAAGCCUCAGAAGUCAUCCAAACCAACUGACUUUCAAGUGCUUUUUGGUGGCAAUAAUGACGAUGACUUUAUGAUUGGCAUCAAAUUUACUAGGAAGACAAUCAAGUUGUUUAGUGAUUUCCAUACCUCAGACAUUAUUAUUGCUUCAGCGCUUUGCCUGGUUAAUAAAAUUGAAGAGGCUGAGAUUAAUAAGGAAAAAGAUGUAGAUUUUCUUUCGUCCAUAGAGGUUCUGAUUAUUGAUCAUGCAGAUGUAAUAGCAAUGCAGAAUUGGUCUCAUGUGCAUACGGUUAUCGAACACUUGAACCGCAUACCGUCUAAGCAAACCGGAACAGAUGUUAUGCGCAUUAGACCAUGGUAUCUUGAUGAUUAUGCCAGAUUUUACAGGCAAACAAUAAUUCUGGGUUUUCAUUCUGAUCCAGAUAUAAAUGCUUCAUUCAAUCAUCAGUGUUUUAAUUAUGAAGGGAAGGUGAAGCUGAUAUGUGAAUAUAAAGGUGUUCUACACAAAGUGUUACCCGACAUACGACAAAUUUAUGAACGAUUUAAUGUUGACUCAAUAGUAGAUGCUGAUGAUGCCCGUUUUGAUUAUUUUGUUGAGAAGGUUUUCCCAAGAAUAAAAGAUUCUGAUCAGGGAGGGAUCAUGUUAUUUAUCAGUUCUUACUUUGAAUUUAUUAGAAUCCGAAAUUUUUUAAAGUCACAGAAUGCCUCCUUUUGUCUGCUUGGGGAGUAUACAACCCAAAGCGAUGUUUCUCGUGCACGUCUUUGGUUCUAUGAAAGAAGAAGGAAAAUUAUGCUUUACACUGAGAGAUCUCAUUUUUACCACAGAUAUAAGGUUAUUCGCGGGGUUCAGAAUUUAAUCAUUUAUUCGCUCCCUAAGAGGAAGGAGUUUUACCCUGAGAUUGUGAAUAUGCUUGAUGGGUCUGACAAUAUGACAUGCACUGCCCUUUUUUCUUUCCUUGACAAGCCUCGGCUGGAAAGAAUUGUUGGAGCUACUCCAGCGAAAAGGAUGGUGGCUGCGGAAAAAGGUGUUUUUGUUUUUUGCCAUUAGAAUUCUUCUGAACUCCAAGGCUGUAACCAUGUGAAGUAACUAAAGUAGGUGAUGGUGGUGGUAUCGUGGAUUUAUAUGCCUUUGACGCCAAGAACCUCUUGAAAUUUGAAGAAGCACUGCCUCUGCAGAACAAAAAUCAUGGAGGAAACAUGUAAAUGUAGUUUGAGUCGGUUAUAAUUUAGAAUUACCAGCGUCAAUCAUGACAAUAUAUUUAAAGUUUUUUUUUUUUUUUGGGGUAACUUAUUGUUUAUUGUAACGGAAGAAAUUAAUUGAUAGGUGUUUCUUUUUGUUUGAUAGGACAACGGGCAAAAGCUCACAUGAAUUGGUAGCUUUCGAAAAUAUUAAAGAGCUGCUAAAAAAAUGUUUUGCUAAUAAGAAAAGAGC